AUGCGAAAACUCGGCGAAAAGAGAGUGACAAGAAUCCAGGCCGCUCAGGUUGCAUUACUCCCCCAGCCGCAAACCCGAACAGAAGUAUCACCGGCAACUGACCUCAAGCCCGGCCCACCUCUCCAUCUGGGACCCGCAGCUGAAAAGAGGUCCGCUACCUCCUCAACCUCAGAGCACACCGGCAAGAAAACUCGAUUGGUGCCUCAAAGCCCACCUCGCCAGGAGACUAUGCAGUGGCAGAGCAUUAUCGGUUCGGGCCUGACAGUCCGAGACGAAUCUCCUUGGGGUACUUUCAGAAAGUACUACGAUUGUGACCUAGCUGGCCCCGUCGCGGUAUGCGUUCGAUCUUCUGGAGACCGCGGUGUCUGGGCGGUGCGCCAGUAUCCGAUUGAGGACACUGACAAGAUACUGCGGAUUCUCCGCUCUAUGCGCCAUGAGAACCUGGCCUCGAUUCGGGAGUGUUUCCGCACUCCCGAGCUUCUGUACACACUGGGGGGAUUUCGACCCUCUCGUUCUGGAUCAUAUCGUCGCUUACGAGCAGGAGCUGGCAGCCAUAAUGUCUCAGGUUCAUUCCUCAUUCCCCUCACCUAUCUGCCAGAUGGCCAAAUGGCUGAUUCCGUACAGUUCGUUGACGGGCUGUCAUAUCUCAUGGCCAACAGUUUCUACCACACAUCUCUGGAUUGCUCUAGCGUCCUCGUGAAUCUCAAUGGGCAUGUUAAAAUCGCACGGAUCGAUUGCUGUGUUAUCCGGCAACAGGGCGCAAUUCAAGCCAGUGACUUGGCACCAGUCUCCAGAAUCAUGAUGGAAUUGAUGCAGAAGUAUGUCAAAGAAGAUGGGGCAGUAGGAAUUGAUAAUCUCGACCGCUGGAGAAGCUGCCCGGCUGCGAUCGAAUUUCUCUGCGCAACGACCUCGCAACGACUGUUGACGCAAAUUACAUGCCGCCCAGGGAAUCUCAUCGGACUUGCAUGGUUCGCGUUGAUCUCCGCUCGCACAUUCUACUCAUACACGCCAGGGCCCAUGAAGAACGAUUAA